GCCGGAUGUCCUGUUGCUUCACGAGCCUCUCCAAGCCUCCAGCUCUCCACCUUUCCAACAGCCACAGAGAACAGAACCAGAACCAACCAUGAGCCAUUCCUCAAUGCACACCUCCACCUCCUACAGGCGCACCUUCGGGAGCCCCCAUCCUAUACCGAUGUCCACCUACUCCUCUGUGUCCUCUCGCAUGCCAGCUUCCGGGGGACGCUACAUGCGUUCGAUGUCGCCGGUGGUGGCGUCCCGCUCCACCACCUACCACCAACAGCGCUCCCGCCCCGGCGCCCAGGCCCCCCGUCUCAGCUACGACAAGGUGGACUUCACCCUGGCCGAAGCCAUCAACCAGGAGUUCCUGACCACCCGCAGCAACGAGAAGGCCGAGCUGCAGGAGCUCAACGACCGCUUCGCCAGCUUCAUCGAGAAGGUGCGCUACCUGGAGACGCAGAACGGCGCGCUGCAGCAGGAGCUCAACCAGUUCAAGGGCCAGCAGCAGCACGGCCAACCCAACCGAGCCUCCGAGCUCUUCCAGGACGAGCUGAGGGAGCUGCGGCGCCAGCUGGACGCCACCGGCAAGGAGAGAGACCAGUACCAGAUGGAGAGGGACAACCUGGCCGAAGACCUGACCCUGCUGAAGCAGAGGUUUGAUGAAGAAGCGCAGAAGAGGGCAGACGCUGAGAAUAACCUGGUUGCUUUCCGCAAGGAUGUGGACGAUGCCACCUUGUCUCGUCUGGAGCUGGAGAGGAAGAUUGAGUCUCUCAUGGAUGAGAUAGAAUUCCUUAAGAAGCUCCAUGAUGAAGAAAUCCAGGAUGUUCAGGUGAGCGUUCAGACCCAGCAGCUGAAGAUGGAGGUGGACAGCAGUUCUAGGCCUGACCUGACCGGUGCUCUGAGGGACAUCCGGGCCCAGUAUGAGACCAUUGCCUUGAAGAACAUGCAAGAGUCCGAAGAGUGGUACAAGUCCAAGUUUGCUGAUCUGACUGAAUCUGCCAAGCGCAACACUGACGCUCUGAGGCAGGCCAAGCAGGACGCCAACGAGUCCAGGAGGCAGAUUCAGUCGCUCAACUGUGAAAUUGAUGCUCUGAAGAACACAAACGAAGCUCUGCUGAGGCAGAUGCGUGAAAUGGAAGACCAGUUUGGCAAUGAGAUUGGAAACUACCAGGACAACGUGGCCAGGCUGGAGGAUGAGAUCCGCCACCUCAAGGAGGAGAUGGCUCGCCACCUGAGGGAGUACCAGGACCUCCUCAAUGUCAAAAUGGCUCUGGACAUUGAGAUUGCUACUUACCGUAAACUGCUGGAGGGAGAGGAGAGCAGGAUUACUGUUCCCAUCCUCAACAUUGGCAUGAGCAAUCACCUUGGUGACCGAGACUAUGAAAAAACUCCAGACAGCCAGGGCAAGAGGACUGUGGUGAUAAAGACCGUGGAGACUAGAGACGGAGAGGUGGUGAAGGAAUCCAGGAGGGAGAAGGAGAGAGAUGCAAGCAGAGUCGACAAGGACGACAACGACGAGUAAACCUGUUAGAUAAUGUGAAGGCCAGUGCCAUGAUAAU